GUAAUGAAUUCAGGUCCUUCUGAUUCAAGAACCAGCUGAAUAAACCACUUUGCUAUCUGCCUAGCCACCUUCCAGGAUAGGCAAAUAACUUAAUCCUGUGUUCCGCUAAAACCUUUGCCCUCCUUUAUGUCUUUAUUGUGGGUUAAGACCAGCAGGGAUGAUGCUGUGGAAAGAGAUGCCCAUGGAAAUAGGGAACGGGACCACUGUCCAAGAAUUCACCUUGGAGGGGUUUCCUGCCCUCCAACACCUGGGAAAGGUCCUCUUCCUGGUGCACCUGCUGGCCUACCUGGCAUCCAUUACAGGCAAUGCUGUCAUAGUCACCAUCACCUGUGCUAACUCCCGGCUCCAGACACCUAUGUACUUUUUCCUCAGCACUUUCUCCUUCUUUGAGUGUUGUUUCAUAAGUGCUGUUAUUCCUAAGUUGCUGGUCAUCUUUCUUUUAGGCCGGCAAACCAUUUCCUUUCUUGCCUGUUUCAUACAAGCCUUUGUGUAUGUAUACCUCGGAGCCACAGGUUUCUUCCUCAUAACAGUGAUGUCUGUGGAUCGGUACAUGGCCAUUUGCCAGCCUCUGCAUUACCCAACCAUCAUGAACCUCAAGACUUGCUUCCUCUUGGUCACUGCCUGCUGUGUUUUGGCCUUCCUUCUCAUCACUGGUCUGAUAGUAAAGGUUUCCCAGUUAUCGUUCUGUGGCCCCAAUGUCAUCCCCCACUUCUUCUGUGAUCUUGGUUCCCUGAUUCAUCUCUCCUGUUCUAAUACCAGGUUUGUUGAAAUGUUGGCCUUUGUCAUUGCUUUGUUUAUCAUUUUGACAUCCCUUAUCAUAACCAUCAUUGCAUACAGCAACAUAGUAGUCACAAUUGUGCGACUCCCAUCAGCCAAGGAGCGACAGAAAGCUUUCUCCACCUGCUCUUCUCACUUCAUAGUCCUCUCCCUGAUAUACAGCAGCUGUGUCUUUAUAUACGUGAAACCAAAGCAAACCAACAGGCUGGACUCCAACAGGGAGGCUGCCCUUGUGCAUACGGUGGUGACCCCGCUGUUGAACCCUGUCAUCUACACUCUGCGGAAUAAGCAGGUCCACCAGGCUCUGAGAGAGACAAUGUGCAGAAUGAAAAUAUCAAGACAAAAAUAAAAUCACAUGGCCUUGGAGUGGAAUGGUUCAGAAAAACAUUUGUCUUCAU